UGCCAAGCAGGAAGUCGGGAAAUAACCUUGGGAGGAGAAACGCGGUGGACUGAUUGUGUCUGGGACCAGAUCACAGCAUUUGUCAGACAGAUUAUAAUUAAGCAGUAGUGUUUGAACUCAUGAGCAAAGCAGCUAUCUUUGGCUGUUAAGCGUCUUGUUUUAUACGCUUGUCUUUGCGCAUUUUAGUGCUAUGAAUUAGGAUACACUGGCUCAGGUGUAUUGGUGGUACAAUUGAGAUCCCAGUGUUUGGAGUCAAAGUCAUUGAUUAAUCUGAUUUAUUGUGUCAGAGCACAAAGCCUUGUCUGCUUCAUCUAGAGCGCCCGCCCAUUGGGCUUUCUGCGGAGAGAUAGUGGGAGAUUGAUUAUAGUCUCCGGGAUUUGCCGUGGAGCCAGAGCCUGCUUGGACUGCGAUUUGCUCUCCUAUCAGUGAAAGAGAGGAGAAUCCUAGCAAGGACCUGUUUCAGCCGGACUCCACACCGACAGCACUCUCAGAUCCCCUGUACACAUUUAGCCUGCAUGUCUGUAAUCAGGUUUUUAUAAUACGCGCAAGUCACGCUGGACUUUCGUCUUUUACCGAGGAGGCUGCGAGUGUGAAUCGCCUCCGCAGUCUCGGAUGCGUAGUAAAGGGGGAGUGGGUUGGGUCGCCUAGGCGCCUGGCAUACACACACGUCGUCAGCGAUAAAAAAAAAAAAGAAGCAAGAUAGGUUAGGGUGAAAGCGAGGGGAAGCAACACCCGAGGCUUUUUUAAUCAGGAGGACACCGAAGAGGUGAGUCGGACACUGCCAAACCGCCGGACUCACCGGCUGUGGAUCUGACUCUCAAGACAGGCACCGACCGCUUUUGUCGCCCGGGAUUCGUACUUCUUUCUCAUUCAUGACCAGCGGUUAACCACACUGUCAAGCCCGACCAGACACCCCCUCCUCCUCCUCCUCUGAAGGGAAUAUUACAAGUGAAUCUGCGGGGCAACACACAAUGGCAACCGAUGCGCUCCUUCUUGCCUGUGCGCUGCUUGCCGGUGUUGCCGUGGCUCAGAGAGUGGUAACUGUGCAGAGUGGACCGCUGGUACGGACUGAGGGCUCUCACGUAACCAUCUUGUGCAACGUGACGGGCUACAAAGAGGGGGUGGAGCAGGACUUUGAGUGGUCCAUGUACCUGCCAUCUGCACCGGACAGGGAGAUUCGCAUCGUAAGCACGGCUCAGCCAAACUAUGCCUACGCCGUAUACGCCCAGAGGGUCAAUAGUAAAGAGAUCUAUGUGGAGAGGAUGAGCGGUGACUCGGCUGUGCUUCACAUCACCAAAGUGCAGGCCAAGGACCAGGGUCUGUUUGAGUGUUACACACCCAAUACAGACGGGCGGUACCUGGGAUCCUACAGCGCACGCACCAACCUCACUGUCAUCGCUGAUUCGUUGACGGUAGUAGCUCCAGCCCAGACUCUGUCCAAGGUUGAAGGCGACACACUACAACUUACCUGCGAGGUGUCUCGGACCACACUGCAGCACACUCACUUAUCAGUGGGUUGGUACCUGCGGUCCCCAGAGGACGCGGCCGCACCCCCUCAGGAGCUGGUCACCUUGUCAAGGGACUUUGUUCUGCGCUCUGGGGGACCGUACCGGCAGAGGAUGGCGGCAGGGGACCUCAGGCUGGAUAAAACCAGCGCUACGUCCUACAGGCUGACCAUUCAUAAGCUGCAGCCGGUGGACCAGGGCCUGCUUUACUGCCAGGCUGCUGAGUGGAUUCAAGACACGGACGAAAGCUGGUUUGCCAUGACCCGCAAGCAGAGCGACAAGACUCAGCUCCGCAUUCAGCCCACUGAUCGUGACUUCAGCAUCCAGGUGAGCACGGAGCGACGGUCCUUCACGGCCGGUGAGCCGCUGGAGCUUCGCUGCACCAUUGAGGCCCAGAAUGUCCCAGAGCGCUUCUUCUCGGUGUCGUGGGUCUUCAGCAGCUCACCGGUGGCCGUGGUGGGCCCCAGUGCCGUGCCUGUCCUGGGCCCCGAUUAUGUCGACCGUGAGGCGGCUGGCCACAUGACAGUACGUAAAGAGAGCGCCAACGUGCACCUUCUCAAACUGCAACACCUACACCCUGAAGAUGCUGGGAAAUACAUCUGUCGCGUGACAGAGCGGGAGAAGACACCCACGGGAGACUUCAUCGACCGCAGCAAGAGGUCCCGCAAUGUCCAGAUCACAGUCCAGCCGCUCAAGAGCAACAUCACAGUGUUAUUGUUUAGCAACUCGUCGGAGGUCCUAGAGGGCGAUGUGAUCCAGUUGAUCUGCUCGAUCCACUCCACUACUGGCCCCCUGUCUGUUGUCUGGCAGUGGACAGACAAGCAGGCGACUGGACCAGCCCUGGAGGUGGCUUCCGUCGAUCGGGAUGGCACUGUAUGGCACAGCCCCUCUUACAGAGAGCGCUCCAGCUACGGGGAGAUACGUGUGGAGAAAGUACGAGCCGACACAUUCUCUCUGUCCCUGUAUAAUGCCUUACCUGGGGAUGAGGGCCAGUACCGCUGCACAGCCACUGAGUGGCUUCAGACCGGCACUGAACCAGAGCUAAACUGGGAGAAGAUAGGAGAGAAGUCAACCAGCAAGACAGUCACCGUCAAGACUGUUGAGUCCUCCUUCAUGGUGUCGGCCUCAUCACGGACGCCAUCUGUUACCUUUGGAGACUCCUUUGACCUCCUGUGCCUGGUGAAGCCUCGUCACAACCCUCGUGUCCCAACCUCCGUGACCUGGCGCUUCAUGCCGACUGGCCCAGAAGCUGGCGACCAGGAUCAGGGAGAGUUCAAAGACCUGGUGACUUUCACCCGCGAGGGCACGCUGCAGUGGGGGGAGCAGCUGCUGGGGCUGGGUACCCGCACCACAGUGGACCGCUCACACUCCAACACCAACUUCCGGUUGUCGGUGACCAGGGCUGGGCGUCGCGAAGCGGGCAAGUACCAGUGUACAGCCGUCCUGUGGAGGAGGAACUACGACAACAGCUGGAGCAGAGUAGCCAACCGCACUUCCAACCUGCUUGGCAUCAGUGUCCUACAGCCAGAGAGCAAGCUGCGAGUACAAAAGACCAACCAGUCUCAGGUGUACCUGGAGGACAGUCGCGUCAGGAUCAAUUGCUCCAUCAGCUCACAGACCAGCCAGGACUCCCAGCAUGCUGUGUUGUGGUACGUGAGGCGUGCGACCGGGUCAGAAGCCGAUGAGCUCCUUCUGCGAAUUGAACGCUCGGGGGCAUUUGAGUAUGGCGCCUACGCAGACGAAGAGAGACUGCGACGCCGAGUGCAGGCUGAGAGGCUGUCCCCCCGUCUCUAUGUGCUGACGCUGAACAGGGCAGAGAACAGCGAUUCUGGGACAUACUACUGCCUGGUGGAAGAGUGGCUGAAUGACCCAGAUGGAGCCUGGUAUCGUCUCUCCAGGGAGUCCUCGGGGUUCACACAGGUUCUGGUCAGACAGCCAGAGAUUCAACUGCAGGUGGAGGAAUUGGAGUCAAACGUGACAGUGGAAGAGUCUGCCUCUAUCCGACUGGGCUGUAGCAUUCCCUCCCAGUCGUCCCGAGACUCCCGCUUCUCUGUGUCCUGGUAUGUGGAGCGCUCCGAAGACGAGGACGAUGAGCCAGGUGAGGAAGAGAGAGAGUGUGUGUUCUCCAUCGGCCAUGACGCCGUUUUCGGAAAUGGAAACUGCAGCCCCAAAGAGGAGCCGGGGCCAAAUUCCCGCCUGCAGUUUGAGAGGAUGACCUCUGACCAGUACAGCCUGACCAUUCAAGGAGCGCGGCCGACAGACGCGGGCCGAUAUUACUGCCAUGUAGAGGAGUGGCUGCUCAACCCUCGCAAUGCGUGGUACCGCCUGGCCACCAACAACUCUGGCUUCACUAUCGUGAAUGUAAUGCAACAAGUGUCCAACCUCCAGUCAGUGGUGUGCUCCAAUGAAUCCCUUUUCUACUUCGUCUUCUUUUAUCCCUUCCCCAUCUUCGGCAUCCUCCUCAUCGCCGUACUGCUAGUGCGCUACAAGAGCCGCAACAACAGCAAGAGUCAAGAAGGCAAGAAUGGCGCCCCCCUCCUGUGGAUUAAAGAACCUCACCUAAGUUACUCUCCCACCUGUCUGGACCCACCUGCACUCAGCCUGCACCCUGGCUCUGUUGACUAAGCGAGGGUCCUUCCCUCUGCCCCGCGCACAUCGUGGAUCCAGCCAACAAAAUGCCAAGGAGCAGAUCUGGACUCCACCUUCAGACCUUACUGUCGUUCACUGCUGUGUUGAAUUAGUCAAUCAGUUGAUCACUUUAACAACUACCCUGGUGGCUGCCUGUUAUACGUUAACAACUGUGUGUGUGUGUGUGUGUGUGUGUAUGUAUACACUAGAAUGGGUGUGCCAUGUUAGCACGAUUAAUUGUGUGAGUGCGAAAUGAAGGAUGAGCGCAUCAUGAGCCUCUCAUUUUUGUUUUCUGUGAAACUCAUAGCUGCAUUUUGUUUUGUUUUACUCUGAAUAUUUGUCUAUUUUUUAAAAGAGAAAAAAAAAACUGCACACAUGAGAUCAUUGGCCGAUCCUGGAAUAACAUUUAAGAGAAGGAACUCUAUAUUCAAUUCCAGCACUGAGUGGAUGCCAAAACAGUCUCCGCACUGAUCCAAGAGCAGCCACAGCCUGGCCCACUAUGUUGGUUGCCAUAGUGAUUCUUUGCGCCCGCUGACUCCGUAGCUGAUGACUUGGUUGCCAGCCUGGAUAGAGACAAAGGCAAGGACACACAAGUCUAUGUCCUAAGUGAGGAUGUGUGUUGGCCCACCUGCCUCCACAAUGAAUUUGCCUUGGCAGACAGAAACAGGUCCACUUAAACACUGCCAGACACUCUGGUCUUAGCGAGAGACUGCUCCGCUCUUCUCCUCUAUCCUCCUCCUCUCCAGAAACGGACAACAAGAGAAAGAGAUGGAGGAACAUUGGAAAUGAUGGAAAGUAAAUGAACAGCUCUCUCCUGCUGAGGAUAUAAGUACACUGACAUGAGGGAUUUUUUUGAGUGCCAAGACCUACUUAUUUCCACGCUGUUCUCUGCAGCUAAUGUUUGAAGUUUUAAAGAGAGUGGGAAAGCUGAUUGGUUUUUGAAGCGGAUUGUAAAUAUGUCUGCUUACCUCCUGCUGUGGGUUUAUGGGACUUUAGGGCAAAAGGGCAAUUUUUCACUCCCCUUAAAUCAGUUGAAUUGUCCUGCUUAAAUUACACAAAUUCAAUUCUUGCACAUUUCUUUAAGUUGCCCAGUAUGACCACUUCGUCCAGUUUUUAAAGGAUAUCAAAAGAUGCAUAUUUUAGUUUUUUUUAAAUUAUUUAGAUUUUUUUAAGAGCCACACUGAAGAUUACUAAUGUGUAGAUGUGUAGUAAAACACUUUAAAAAUGUUAUCUGCACAUUAUAAGAAAACAAAUUGAUGGGCGGGGGCAAAACGCUUGACUUUUGUGUUUAUUUUAAAUAUUUUUCUAUUUAUUGUUUUUUACUACUUUGCAUAGCUUUGUAAGAUUUUCUUUUUGCUUUGAAAUUCUCUAAGAACUGUGGUCUUGUGUUGCCAGGCAACUGCACCAAGCAGUUUAUGUCAAUAGCCUGUGUGUUGGCAAUGUGGUAGAUGUAGAAAUGCUAGAUUUGUCCUGCGCAUUGCAGUCUGUAGCAUUUCAUACCAGAUUGUCAAGUUUGGUCAGUGUCAAAACACUGCAUAUCUAUACCUAUAAUGAAAAUGACUGUGGCUUUACAUGUACAAUAGUUGAACAGACGAGUCACAAAAAUUAAUUCACUUAAUGCUUUUUGCUUGGGUCGAGUUUAUUUAGUGAAAUGUGAUGUAACACCUAGGUAGAAUGUUUGAUCAAAGACGGCUGAAACCGAACUGUUAAAACGUCUUCUAAUCAUGGAUUCUAGCUGAAGGCAUCAUCCUCAGCUCUCCUGAUGCAAGGCAGAAGGGUUGAAAAUCUGUGUCACCUUCCCUGGAAUGCAACAACCAGGAGAUGUAUGAAAUCCUUUACCCAACCUGGGCCUAACCCUUUCACUGCCAGACUGGACAUGAAAACUCUUGAAAAACUUGACAUUGUUGUCUCAAUCGAUCGUGUCAACAUGUAUAUUGCAUGACAAUAUUGCAGGAGGAAUCUUGAUGUUUUUUAAAUUUUGAACUCUUUGAGCAUUGUGUUUGUGUGACAGAGCAGUGCCCCCACCACCACCAACUUCCUGAGCCAAGAGUCAACACAAAGCCCGGUCCCUCGUCAUGUACAAUGUUUGCCUACCAAUUCCACAUGCCCUUGAAACCUGUGAAGUAAUCAUAGACUAUAAAAGAAGUGAAAGUAGCCACCAUGACGUCACCCAUUGGUUUGUGGACUACCGUUUUGAAGCCUCGAGUCUGGCAUUUCGACUGUGUAGCCAGAAGUGACGUAUUUGGAUGAGAGGGAGCUAAGUUAUCAGCUAACGCUGGAGCAUCCAUAACUCACAUUAACCUAUUAAUUGGGAUGCUAAUUUUGGCAAUUGAAAAACAGGCUUUAAACAAAAUUGACUUAACAGUUGACUACUUACAACCAAACGCUGAGCAAGAAAUGUUAAUGCGCCCAAAUGUUACAAUUAACUUUCAUGAAUUGAAAACAGUGAGAGGGUCAAAGUUCUAACACGAAAAUACAAACCUCACCCAAAAAUAACUUCACGGCUAUUUUAAUGUACACAAUGCAAUAGAUGUGCAUUGCUUAGCCUCUGUCCUGAUUGAGAGGUUGGCAUGGUAGCGACAAGUCAAGUCAAUCAAGGUAGCCACGCCCUAAAGCAUGCCCUGCUUUAUUGUCGAAAUUGACUCUAAAUAAGACCAUCAUUUACAAAAUAAGCAUAAUGCUGUAUUGAGGAAGACUUGAAACUAGGGAUUGAGACCAUGAACUCAUUCGGAAACGUUUACUGAGGUAAUAUCUCACGUGAGAAGUAGGGUUAUUUUCUCAUAGACUUCAUCAAAUCAGAUUUUUUUCUUUAUCCAGAGGAGUCGCCCCUUGCUGGCCAUUAGAAAGAAUCCAGGUUUAAGGCACUCCCGCAUUGACUUCACUUUUCAGAACUGGAGGCUACAUCCACUUUUUUAUACAAUUUAUGAAAGUAAUCUAUUUCAAGAAUGGGUGUUGUUGGGAUUGUAAUGGAUGUUAUUUCUCAUAUUGUCUUUUUAAUGCUUUGCUUUUAUGCAGCACUUCAUUAAACAGAUUUAUGUCAAAGAAAGCCAAAAGUACGUAGCUGAUACUGACACAAGUCACCCAGUUCUGGGAUUACAACUUUCUUUACUGUUUUUCAAGGUAACGGGCCCAUUUCAAGUAGACCAUACUAUUCCAUGUGGAGUAAGGCUGGUGCUGUUUAGUCAGGGGAGUUGUGAAAUGUGAUGCACGUGCAGCAAGUUCAGCUACAACUAGAUUGAUCAGUGUCUACAAAGUAAAGGCGAUCGAUUAGCUGCCAGUCUACUCAUUAACCAUGUGUUUGCAAGUGUUUUCUUGGAGUACAAGGUGUCGGACUAAAGCAGCACCCAAUGGAAAAAGAAAAGUGGUACAUGCACAAAAUAUUACAAAUAUUAAUGAGGCAAUAUUUCGACCAUCAAAGUCUUUGUCAAGCAAACAUCCAGAGAAAAACUAAAAAGAACAACUCCAAAUACAAGAACACAUGAUACAUAAAAUAAAUUUCAAAAGCCAAACAAUGAUCCACUAUAUACAGAAACUAUAUAUAUAUAUAUAUAUAUAUAUAUAUAUAUAAUAUAUACACACUGUAUAAUACACAUUUUUGACAAAUGUACAAUGAAGGAAAUACGUACAAUAUUGUGAUUGUGCAUGAGAAAAAUGAGUGUGUUUUAGUUAUUGUGAUCUUCUCAUUGGAGUUGGAGGUUUCUCUGUAUAUAUAUCGCCUAUUUUUCACACACAUGGGUGUUUGCCUAUCAAAGACCUUGGUGAUCGAAAUUAUGCCACAUUAAAUACCAAGAUUCAGUGUGUGGACUACCUCUCUUUUUCCAUUAUAAACUGUCUUUAGCCUCCUGUUGCUAUUUGAUGUGAUGCUAGUUCAAGUAUAUAUAUCAAAACUGAAAAAGCAGGAAUGCCAUGCUGUGCAUUUUCUGGCCAGAGUAUCAUCAGGAAUAAUUGAUGGAGCUGUUGAAAAGGUCUUGUGUGACUUGCAUUUGCAUUGGCAGUAAAUGUUAAUAGGGAGCUGUUUUCAGUUUUUAAUAAGCAAAACAAACAAAUUAAGGAGUGUGUUUGUUGACUGAAUGAUUGCCUUUUAUAAAUCUUGAACAUUCCCAGAGAUGCAGGUUGUGUAAAUGGUGCACUAAACAGCUGCUUCAGCUUCAGUCUGUAAAUCACAUAAUCCUACACUUAAAUCAUGCAAAAUUAAUUUCAUCUUUCUAGAUUUGAGUCAGGAAGUGCAGGGAGUGGUGUGUGAUGUCACAGCGCCGCCACCAUCAUUGGAGCUGUACAGUCAAACUCUGAAUGGUGUUUUUUUGUAGUAAUAAUAUCAAUACCAUCAAUAGCUGCCUCCCAAGAUUCCUCUGAAUGUUUCCGACAGUGUUGUAGCUGCGUUUUGAGGGCUGCAUGUAUUGGCUGUGUGCUGGCUCCAGAUUUAGGUGUAAGAUAGUUUGUAGUGAUGUUUUCAGUUCAGCCAGUGAUGCUUUAAUUUCCGUGAUGUAUUUUUAUAUGACCAUGGUUUGUUUUUUUCUUCAUUUGUUAUUCUAUCAAAUAGUUGCCAUCGUGACCAUUAAAAAGGCACUUUGCUAUUGUCAGUAUAUUGCAAUAAAAUACAUUCAGUGCA